AUGAGCGCCAUCCAGAAGAACGUUGAAGCCAGCUCGGCCAGCUACUCCGCCUCCUUCACCAAAGGCGACCUCGCUCUGCCUCCGGCGAAGAAGUAUCUCGUCCUCACCUGCAUGGACGCCCGCAUCGACCCUGCUCAAGCCUUUGGGAUCGAGCUGGGCGAUGCCCAUGUUAUUCGUAACGCUGGCGCAUCCGCCGUCGACGCCCUCCGCUCCAUCGUCAUCAGCGAGCAGCUGCUUGGAACCACCGAGAUUGUGCUCGUCAAGCACACCGGCUGCGGCAUGUUGACUUUCAAGAACGAGGACGCGUAUGCUAUUGUCGAGAAGAACCUUGGCCCAGCCGCCGUGGACGAACUCAAGGCCAAGAACCUGGAUUUCCUCCCCUUCCCUGAGCUGGACGAGGCCGUCAAGAAGGAUGUUGCGUACAUCCAGGCGUCGAAGCUGGUGCCAGACUCGGUGACCCUCAGCGGGUGGGUGUAUGAGGUUGAGACUGGGAAGACUAGGCGGGUUGUUUGA